UUGUGGUUCCACCGUUUCCCCCGUGAGAUACAAGACUACCAAACACGAAACAAAAUUAAAACACUUAAUCAUAACGCGCUUUUCAGCUCCAACUAAAAAAAAUCUCACCACACACACUCACUUCACUUCACUUGGCAGCUCAAACAUACUCAACUUGCAUUUCAUUUCAUCGCCAUAACUUUCAUUGGCGCGGAAAACAAAAAACCCUAAAACAACAAGAAAACCACUUCUUGUUCUUCUUCUUGCUCUGCAUUGCACCUCCGCUGCCAGAUCUGCAAGCUUUUUCAAGCUAUGCUUCACUGACCUUCUUCUGCUUCCCAACAUGUCCAAUUCGGAUCCCAACCACCGCAACCGUCCUCCCUCGCCGGACGCCAAGCCAUUGCCCCCCUCUUCGUGGGCCAAGAAGACGGGAUUCAGGCCUAAAUUCUCCGGCGAGACCAAUGCCACCGACUCCGCCCAGCUCGCGCUCCCUCCCAGGCCCUCACACCCCGCACCCGCUAUCGCGGAUCUAGAAGCGGGCCGGCCUCGGGCUCCGGCAAACGGUAUAGCGCCGGCCACCGAUAAGGUACCUCCAGCGGCUCCUGUUCCGGUUCCGCCGAAGGAUCAGACUGCGAAGAAGCGGAGAGAUUCCGACGGCGGAACCAAGGGGUCAGUGCCAAGCACCAACGGCCAAGCUCCGCCACCGGCGACGGCGGCUGCUGCGCCGGUGGACCAGCCACAGCAUGCUAGGAGAGCGUCGAGGCAUGAAGAAGUAGUGGAUGUUGAAGACGACGGGUUUGUGCCUCGGCACUCUCACAUGAAGUACGAACUCAGAGAUUCACCUGGUCUUGUUCCAAUUGGUGUGUACGGUAUUCAGCAUUACGUUUCGAUAUUGGGUUCGUUGAUUCUGAUUCCACUUGUAAUAGUUCCUGCAAUGGGUGGCAGUCAUGAGGAAACUGCUAUGGUGGUAUCGACUGUGCUCUUCGUUUCUGGUGUCACUACACUCCUGCAUAUUACUUUUGGGUCCAGAUUGCCAUUGAUACAGGGCCCUUCUUUUGUAUACUUGGCUCCGGCUCUUGCUAUCAUCAACUCGCCAGAGUUUCAAGGAUUAAAUGGAAAUAAGUUCAAACACAUAAUGAAGGAGCUUCAGGGGGCUAUAAUAAUUGGAUCAGCUUUUCAAGCUCUACUGGGAUAUACAGGGCUUAUGUCGCUUUUAGUAAGAUUGAUCAAUCCUGUAGUUGUAUCCCCCACUAUUGCUGCUGUUGGACUUUCAUUUUUCAGUUAUGGUUUCCCAAUAGUUGGUACAUGUCUUGAGAUUGGUGCAGUACAGAUAUUGGUGGUGGUUGUUUUUUCUCUUUACCUUCGUAAAAUAUCUAUUCUCGGACAUCGCAUAUUUCUAAUAUACGCGGUUCCUUUGGGUCUGGCAAUUACAUGGGCAUUCGCUUUCAUGUUGACUGAGGCAGGGUUGUACAACUACAAAGGGUGCGAUAUAAAUAUACCUGCAUCAAAUAUGGUUUCACAGCACUGCAGAAAGAAUUUUUCAAGGAUGAAACAUUGCCGGGUUGAUACUUCUCAUGCACUGAGAUCCUCUCCAUGGUUUAGAUUUCCUUAUCCACUACAAUGGGGUACACCUGUCUUCCACUGGAAAAUGGCUCUUGUGAUGUGUGUGGUUUCUGUAAUCUCAUCUGUGGAUUCGGUUGGAUCAUACCAUGCAUCUUCUUUACUGGUGGCAUCCAGACCUCCAACUCCUGGAGUUCUAAGUCGAGGAAUUGGUUUGGAAGGUCUUACAAGUGUCUUGGCUGGUCUCUGGGGAACUGGAACUGGGUCGACAACUAUAACUGAAAAUGUCCACACAAUUGCUGUGACUAAAAUGGGAAGCCGCAGGGCAGUUCAACUGGGCGCUUGCUUUUUAAUAGUGUUGUCUCUUGUGGGUAAGGUUGGAGGUUUCAUUGCUUCAAUUCCUGAUGUCAUUGUUGCUGGUCUACUCUGCUUUAUGUGGGCAAUGCUUACCGCAUUGGGCUUGUCAAACCUACGGUAUAGUGAGGCUGGAAGCUCUCGGAAUAUCAUCAUUGUUGGGUUAUCAUUGUUUUUCUCUCUUUCCAUACCUGCCUACUUUCAACAAUAUGGUCUCUCUCCAAACUCCAACAUGUCAGUGCCGAAUUAUUUCCAGCCUUAUGUUGUGGCUUCUCAUGGACCUAUACAGAGCAAGAAUGGAGGGGUAUGUCUUUCUCAUGUUUUAACGAACCUUAUGCUUGGUCAAGUUCCUAAAAUAACACGAUAUUGGUUCAUUUUGCAGCUGAACUAUGUCUUGAACACGUUGUUUUCACUACACAUGGUGAUAGCGUUUCUUGUUGCUUUUAUCCUGGACAACACUGUUCCUGGCAGUAAGCAGGAACGUGGGGUAUAUGUUUGGUCUGAGGCCGAGGUUGCUAGAAGGGAACCUGCUGUUGCGAGCGACUACGAGUUGCCCUUGAGAGUUGGUCGGAUUUUCAGAUGGGUGAAGUGGGUUGGCCUCUGAAGAACGAUGAUUUCAUGGGCUGAGAUUUUCAGUCUUUCAAAUGGCUCAACUGAGUCUAAGAUUCACAUGGUUCUGUUGGGCUAGUGAUGGAUAUUAGUAUAGGUCAUGUUACAAAAAUCAAUUUGUGUACAUUGGAGAUCUCCAGAGGGAUCUAUCCGUGUUGUAAUUUAUUAGAUUAAUCAUUGUAUCUAGUUUUGAUUCAUCAAAAUCUCCAGCUGGGUAACUUUUUUGUUUUGUUCUUGAAGCGGACUAUAACAAAUCAUUUUGAAUGUAUAUAUACACAUUUUUUUUUUUGCCGGUUUCAUCCAGCUUCAUUGUAAUUCCUACAGGAAGCAAGGUUAAUAUUAUUGUUGGGUUAUCGUCUCUA